AAUGGACUCGCAACAGAAAAGCCGAUCAGCUGAUCAUUGAUCAUGUCACGGCUGGGGCAGCAGUCAUGUGGUGUAUUGAGAAAAAGGAUCCAAAGUGCAGAUACUGGCUGGGGUGCGAGUGAGUGUUUAUUUACAGAAGUGACAAAGUGGCAAAAACAGGAAGAGCAGAGCAGGGAGUAAACAAACCUAAACUGGGGAAAACUAAAGAACUAACCUGAAACCAAAGACACACGGGAGAAGGAGCAAAGUGCACGGAGAGUGUUGGCAGAGAGACGUGGAAUGAAUACCAGUUAACACAGAGGAAAGACACAGUUUGCAAAGACCACAGAGGGCAUCAUGAUGUCACACGGCUGUUAUCUCUGCCUGUUGCUUUUAAGUGUAAUCCUGAUCGAGCCAUCAGAAGCAAACUGUCAGAACUACUUCAAAAAAGAAGACUGGAAGAAAACUACAAUAGACAAGCUCCCGGAGAAUAUUACUGUCAAAAUAAUGAACAAGUCUGAGGACACCAUUGUAUGUAGUUUAAUGAAACCCGAAGACUGUGACAACAAAACAGAAGAAACCUGUUUUCUACGGGACUGUUUUAAGGACUAUAAACCGACAUGUGACGAGACAGAUGGAAACAUCAGUGUCCCUUUCUACCACUUCAUGUGCUUGACAGAUAUAGCCAAGCAUCUACAUGAUGAAAAAAAACAAGAACCACAAAACCUCACUGCAGAAGAAGUCUGUAAAGUGUACGAAAAAGUGUGUAAGCGAGAUUCUCCCAACCCAGCAGCAAAAGCGACAACACCAACAGCCUCUACUACUACAACAACAACCACAGCUACAACAAAAAAAACAACAUCAACACCUUCUACAACAACAACAACAACAACAACCACAACAACAACAACAACAACCACAGAAGCAACAACAAAUAAGACAACACCAAAAGCCUCUACUACUACAACACCAACCACAGCAACAACAACAAAAACAACAUCGACACCUUCUACUACAACAACAACAACAACAACAACAACAACAACAACAACAACCACAGAAGCAACAACAAAUAAGACAACACCACAAGCCUCUACUACUACAACGCCAACCACAGCAACAACAAAAGAAACAACAUCGACACCUUCUACAACAACAACAACAACAACAACAACAACAACAACAACAACCACAGAAGCAACAACAAAUAAGACAACACCAAAAGCCUCUACUACUACAACGCCAACCACAGCAACAACAAAAGAAACAACAUCGACACCUUCUACAACAACAACAACAACAACAACAACAACCACAGAAGCAACAACAAAUAAGACAACACCAAAAGCCUCUACUACUACAACGCCAACCACAGCAACAACAAAAGAAACAACAUCGACACCUUCUACAACAACAACAACAACAACAACAACCACAGAAGCAACAACAAAUAAGACAACACCAAAAGCCGCUACUACUACUACAACCCCAACCACAGCAACAACAAAAGAAACAACAUCGACACCAACAACUCCAUCAUCCCUACUGAAUUUACAACAGAAGUAUGAAACAUUGCAGGGCGAAAGUGCUGAAAAAGAGAAAACCAUACAUAUUAUAAUAGGUGUCCUUAUCUUCACCAACUUCCUUUGGGCGGUGGGUGUUUACAUGUACACGCGGAGGCUUCAAAGGAGUAACGAGAUUCCAAACUUGACAGAAGAAGAGGCGAUGACAGUGCUAAACACAUUUCCCACAGACGUUGAAGAGGGUUCCAAUUUAUUAACGACGCCCGAGAGUUCCAUCAUCAUAAAUUCACCUGAAAACACCAUAAUUUAAAGCCCUUGCCCAAAUAGAACACACCAUUUGAAGUUCUGAACUGCUAAGAAUCUGGAUAAAUCUGGAUACGAGGAUCUGCCUGACACAGCUUCGUAACAGUCCAGGUGACGUAAAGGUGGUCUGUGAAGGCCUCUGCGCCCAAAGGUGGAUAAGCUUCCAAUGUGAAGAAGAGUGAGACCAAACAAGUUGCAGCAUGCCUGUUCAUGUAACUGCUCUGCAGUCGCACAUCAAGAUGGUUUUCUGUCCACCUCAUGCUAAAAGUUUUACUGCUGUGCUGGUUAUAAGUGACCAAGGUCUUGCCAGAAGAAGUGCACUGCAGAAAGUCCAUUUAACACGAGCAAUAAUGAGUUGGUUUUUGGUCAUAUUUAGAAUAAUUUUAAACACAAAGACCCAGAUUAUGCAUGUAGUGAACAUAUAUAUAUAUGUGUGUCUGUGUGUGUGUGUUAAAGUGUCCAACUGUGCAAAAAAGAAAAAAAGUUACGUUUUUAUGGCUAAUGGACUAAUUGCCUAUGUUCAUGUGUGCAUAUUUGGGAAAAGGUUUGGUGGCUUUUUUUCUUUUCCUUGUAUGUAUUAAGUAUGUGAUAAAGCUUCAGCUGAAAAGCUAAAGGUGCCUUAAAAAGUUUGAAUAUUAUAAUUUGUUUUAUUGCACAAUGCACAUUAAGCUAAGCCACCAUAAGAAAAUUGAACUUUUACCUUUUUCCAAAUUAAAGCAAGCUGUGCGAGCUUUACCUCUAAAAUGUGAUCUUGUCAGUUGUUCUAGAUACAGUCUUCACACAUGCAUUUGUGUUUGUGUUUCAUGGAAGUAGAAAUAGAAAAUUCCCUACCACAAUGCUUUUAUUAUUUUCAUAAA